AAAGUCGUGGAGUCCACAACUCAUGAAUCCCAUUAAGGGAGAGCAAGAAAAGGGCAGUUUCAAUUCAAUUCAAUUCUGGAAGAAAGAAAUCUUGGUUUGUGGAUUUGAGUGGAAGCAUAGCUAUGGUGAAAGCAGUGAUCGGAGACGAAACCCAACUAACUUCAGCCGAGGAUCGCCUCAGCCAAUCCGGUCUCACCUCUCAGGUGGGUUUGGUGAUAGGAAAACUUAGCUCCAAAUUAGAUCGUGGCUUCAUUUUCGAUUUGGUCCCCACCCCACCAAACGAUGCAGGAGAAUCAGCCUGUUCACUCCUCGAAACCACCAAAGAUGACAACAAGAGAAAGGGUUUCAAAUCUAAAUCACAACCCGCCGUUGAUUCUUCUGCCUUGAACAUCGAUUCGGAUUGGGUCGCUGAACAUGCCCGUCAGGUUUCAAGAAUGUUAGUGGGUGGCAUGAAGGUUAUUGGUGUUUAUGUUUGGGUUAGUGAUAGUGCUUUCAAGAAUUCAACUAUAACACUUUUCCAGCUUUUACAGACAGUGAAGGGAGUUGCAGAAGCUGCACCAGUUACUGAAACUGAUUGGGAUGAGAGAUUGCUGAUUCAUAUAUGUUAUAGUCCAAGGAGGUGGACGUGCCGGAAUUGUGUGCUGUCUUCGAAUAUCACUUCAAGUAGUAUACGGCCAUGUGAUUUUAAAAUGGGAAGGGUCUUAAGUUCCCUUCAGGCAUUUAGGUGUACAUACAACUUCAAACUCAGAUUGCCUGUAACUCAUGAGAGUGCAUCAAAUGCCCAAGCAUUGAGUUCAAUUCUUCGUCAUGUAAUUUCUGUGCAUGCUAAAGAGCUAAUGGAUGCAAAGGCUAUGAUUGAUGGGAAUUUGGUUGUUGGCGAAGAGCUAUGCACAACUGAUGGUACGCAUGAAGUUGAAUUGCUCCUACCAUUCACAAAGAAUUCUUUGGUUGAAGCAAGCAGCCAGAAGGAUGUUGCUGGUGUUCUUGUCUUUGGUGGAUCUGUGUGCUCUUAUGCAUACUCAAACUCAAAGGAACCAGUGAUGCAGGCUGUUGCUGAUAUAAAGGAUGAUAUCAUCAGGAGUCUUCAAAGUAGACUUGAUAUCAUCUGUGAUGAAGCAGAUGAAGAUCCAGAUCCUAUUGACAUCGAUGGCAAGGAUUCAAGGGUAGAAAAACUGCCUGAGAAACCUGUUUCAAGACUUGUCUUGAACUCUUUGAGGAGAACAUGCUUUCUUUCAUUUCCUCGAAGAGUCUUUGUUCCCUGGUUGGCUGGUACAUUCAUAUGUGACUACCUGCAACCAUCUGAGACAGUUGAGGUUUUAAAAGAACAUUGCGUUGAGUUGAUGUCCAUGGAAGCUCCAACUGAUCCCUCGACGUAUCUCCAACCAGAAGUUGAAGCUCCAUCACUAAACACUGAAUCUUUCUGGGAUGUUGCAGUUCCUAACCAUUUCGCACCUGUUUCUUCUUUAGAGAAGAGUAGACAAGUCGACGUGAGUGUGGAAAGUAGCCGGCAAUCUAAUCAGCCAUUUAAUUUCAAUGUCUUAGCUGCUGUUUGCCUCCUUCUCUUUGCAAUCUUGGUUGGGUUUGUGCUUGCAAGGCAAAAAUAGUGUCCGGGUGAAUUUUUUGGUAUAAAUCACAUGGUAUAGAAAUAGGAUAACAGAAACUCAAUUUUUUGAUUUGUUGUUCAUUAUUUGUUCUGGUUUUGCAUUUUAAAAGUGAAGUUCGAUCUGGCCCCGCACAAGCCUUACUAAGAACUGCAGCAAUUUUGUUAUUAGAAGAGAAAGCGGAAAGUGAAGUGUGGGUUUGGAAGCAAUGCUUGUAUUGAUAAGGGUGUUAACAAUUUCCUGUGUGUAUUGUGUGAUAUUCUGUUGAAUCUUCUUACAUAAUUAUGUAUGUUGGUGAAAAUUGCAAUUGAUUCAAUUUCAAAUUUUGAAUAA